AUGGCCUCUGCAAACAGGCCAAUUAAUAUGCCUGCAGUUCCCAACAGGGAGGAUUUGGAUGCAACAUGGAUAUAUCUAGAAGCUGGAGUGUCCAAAAUAAUGAGUAAUCUUAACGAAGGAAUGGAUCUCAGUACUUAUAUGGGAAUUUACACGGCUGUACAUAAUUUCUGUACAUCGCAAAAGGCUCUUACCCAUUCAGGCUCAGGAGCUGCCGGUGGUGGGCAGCGAGGAGCUCACCUACUCGGAGAAGACUUAUACCAAAACCUUAUCUCAUUUCUCACAACAUACCUGAAAGACCUCGUAGCCGCUUCCAAAAGUCAUCAGGAUGAUGCUCUUCUCACCUUUUAUAUUCGUGAAUGGGACCGAUACACUACUGCAGCCAAAUACACUAACCAUUUGUUUCGGUACUUAAAUCGACAUUGGGUCAAAAGGGAGAUCGACGAGGGCAAAAAGCAUGUCUACGACGUUUAUACACUUCAUCUCGUCCAGUGGAGGAUAACUCUUUUCAGCGACUUACACGAUAAGGUCAUGGAGGCAGUGUUGAAGAUGGUUGAGAGACAGCGCCACGGUGAAACUAUCCAGCACAGCCAGAUUAAAAGCAUUGUCGAUUCCUUUGUUUCCCUCGGCUUAGAUGAAUCGGAUCCCGCUAAAUCCACGCUUGAUGUCUACAGGGUUCACUUUGAACGUCCUUUUCUAGAAGCUACGCGACAAUUUUACCAGGCUGAAUCAAAGCAAUUUGUUGCCGAGAACAGUAUUAUUGAGUAUAUGAAGAAAGCCGAGGCGCGGUUGGAUGAAGAAGAGGAGAGAGUUAAUAUGUAUUUGCACUCUGACAUUAUAGUUCCGCUAAAAAAAACGUGCCACACAGCUCUUAUAGCGGACCACUCUAUACUCCUCCGGGAUGAGUUUCAAGUCCUCUUAGAUAACGAUCGCCACGAAGAUAUGCAGCGCAUGUAUAAUCUGCUCUCUAGGAUAACCGAUGGUCUUGACCCACUGCGAGCUAAAUUUGAAGCACACGUUCGUCGAGCGGGUCUUAAUGCUGUAUCAAAGGUUGCCGAGGACUCUGACAAGCUAGAGCCUAAAGAUUAUGUCGAUGCGCUACUUGAAAUCCAUAGGCAGUAUCAAAAUCUAGUUAAGCAAGCUUUCAGGGAUGAGCCUGAAUUUACCAGAUCUCUAGACAACGCCUGUAGGGAAUUUGUUAACCGAAAUCAAGUUUGCAAAUCUGGCUCAAAUAAAUCACCGGAACUUCUGGCAAAAUACUCUGAUACAUUACUCAAGAAAAGUGCUAGUGGUGGGGAGGAUAGUGAUAUCGAGAAUUCACUCUCUCAGAUUAUGACCGUAUUUAAAUACAUUGAAGAUAAGGAUGUUUUUCAAAAAUUCUAUUCACGAAUGCUAGCCCGUAGAUUAGUUCACACAAAUUCUUCUUCUGAUGACGCUGAAACAAGUAUGAUAAGCAAAUUAAAGGAAGCGUGUGGCUACGAAUAUACUAAUAAGCUCCAACGCAUGUUCCAGGAUCUACAAAUUUCGAAAGAUUUGAACAGUGGGUUUAAAGACUUCGAAAAUAAGUUGCUAGACACGGCAGAAAUAAAUCUGAAGCCAGUUGAUGCUACUUAUUCUAUUCUUGGAACGGGAUUUUGGCCUCUUAACCCGCCAAAAACGGAAUUUACCCCACCCGUUGAAAUUGCAAAAGCUUAUGAACGCUUCCAAAAUUACUAUGGUAAAAAGCAUAGCGGUCGAAAGCUUACUUGGCUAUGGCAGUUAUGUAAAGGGGAAGUAAAAGCCAACUAUUGUAAAAGCAGCAAGGUUCCAUAUACGUUUCAGGUCUCUACUUAUCAGAUGGCAAUUCUGCUACUGUUUAAUGAGAAUGACCGGAACAGCUACGAAGAUAUUGUCAACGCCACAAGAAUAUCUGCCGAGGUUCUAGAUCCCGCUUUAGCUAUCAUGGUGAAGGCGAAAGUUCUCACGAUAGUCCCAACUGAGCAUGAAAAAAAGGAAGUUGUUGGCCCCGGUAAAAUAUUUAGUUUAAAUUUCGAUUUCAAAAGCAAGAAGUUAAGAAUCAAUCUUAAUAUUGCUGUUAAGUCUGAGCAAAAGCAGGAAGUAGAGGAUACUCAUAAGACCAUUGAAGAAGACCGCAAGCUACUUAUGCAGUCGGCGAUUGUGCGAAUCAUGAAAGCACGAAAGAAGAUGAAACAUACUCAGCUAAUAAGCGAGACUAUCAAUCAAAUACGAUCCCGCUUCAUCCCCAAAAUCCCAGACAUUAAGAAAUGUAUCGAUAUCUUACUUGAAAAGGAAUAUCUCGAACGACUCGAGGAUGAUGAGAUUGGCUACCUGGCGUAG